AUGACCCAAAUCCCAGCCCAAGCCACUCCCCCUGGUGGAAGCAUUGUGGGCGACAAGCCUUGGGCUCUCCCCCCUCACCAGUCGUACAAGAUAAUCAAUGCCAAAUUGAUUGAUCCAGUCGAGGGGAAAGUUACAGAGGGGGGCCAAAUUACCAUUGUCAAUGGCCAAUUCGACAGUGUAUCGUUUGGUGCGGAGAGCAGGGAUACAACUGGCAAUGCCACUAUCAUCGACGUCCAAGGGAAGUAUGUUUGCCCUGGACUGAUUGAUGGCCAUGUUCAUGUCACUGCGACUCCGGGAGAGUCUGAUCUCAAGAAUACGUACAAAAACACCCCAGCGUCUAUGAACAACUUUCGCACUACAUUUCUGGUCAAGGAAAUGCUGCAACGGGGUUUCACCACCGCGCGCGACUGUGGCGGCGCUGACAGCUCAUUGAAGGAUGCUAUAAGAGAAUGGUUGAUUCCAGGCCCAAGACUUCUCAUCGCUGGGCAUGCUCUCUCUCAGACUGGAGGGCAUGGGGAUCAGCGUCCAUUCUUCAACGACGAGGACCCGACGCUGAAGUGCUGCGCUGGGCAUCGGUCUGGCAUAGGCCGCAUCUGCGAUGGACCAACAGAGUGUUCGGUCGCUGUGCGGGAUGAAAUCCGCAAAGGAGCCGAUUUUAUCAAGAUCAUGGGUGGUGGCGGUGUUGCCAGUCGGCUCAACAACCUGGGCCAUCCGCAAUUCCUGUCUGAAGAGAUCCAAGCAAUGACCAGGACAGCAGCAAGUUUCGACACUUAUGUCACCGCUCAUGCCUAUACAAUUCGUGCCAUGCGACAUAUGAUUGACAACGGAGUGCUUGGGAUCGAGCAUGGUAAUUUCAUCGACCGCGAACUCGCGCUGGAGAUGGCUAAGAAGGGCAUUUUCCUCACACCUACCCUUGUGACGUAUGAUGCGCUCCGAACACCCCCAUACGACCAAUUCCUCAACGAGAGCUGUGCGAAGAAGAAUCUAGAGGUCCUCGGCUCUGGACUUGAGGCGAUCAAGAUCGCGUCCGAGGCCGGAGUGACGUUGUCCUAUGGGUCUGACCUGCUCGCUGGGAUGCACAAAUUUCAGCGUCGUGAGUUCACUCUGAGGUCCGAGGUUCAAUCGGCUCUGGAAAUUUUCAGAAGCGCUACAAUCAAUUGUGCAAAGAUGUUGCGCAUGGAGGACCAGAUUGGCCAGAUCAAGGAAGGAUUCCUCGCAGACUUGAUCGUGCUGGAGCGGAAUCCCCUAGAAGAUAUCACUGUGCUAGAUGACAAGUCUAACCUGCUUGCCGUGGUCAAGGAUGGAUAUGUCGCGUUCAGCAAGCUGGAUAGGCUUCCCGUGACAAUUGGAAAGGAUCCUUGGUAG